CCAGCCCAGCAGACUUUGGUUUAUGAUUAUAAAAUUAAGAGUUUCAUUUUCUUUUCGGUUUGAAAAUUCGGAUAGCGGCAUAGUUUCACGUAAAUUGGGGCGAAUUUAGUGUGCCUAAUAAGGUUGUGAUUUGUGAACGAAUUGAAAUAGAAUGAUCUCUGGUCGAAUAUUCUCUAAUGCGUGCUUCGAGAAUUUGUCUUGGUAUUAUGCAUGAAAUCAUUUCUUGAAACUUAGGGGUUGUUUUAAUUUAUAUUUGGAAGAAGAAGAAAAAAAUGUUUAAUUAACAAUGUGGAUGAUGGUUACAUGCAGAGGCAUCUCUAUCCGGUGUCGAGCCCCUUAUGCAGAAAAUACAUAGUGAAAUUCGUAAAGUGGACGCAGAGAUUUUAACAGCUGUCCGUCAGCAGUGACUUGUUCGCCUUAUCUCUUUCAAAGAGUAAUUCAGGAACGAAGGCCCGGGAGGAUCUUGCUGCAGCUACUCAUGCAGUUCAGGAACUCAUUUUUAAAAUUCAAGCAAUAAAAACCAAAGCAGAGCAAAGUGAAACAAUGGUUCAGGAAAUAUGCCGUGAUAUUAAGAAACUGGAUUUUGCAAAGAAGCAUAUAACUACAACAAUUACUGCUCUUCAUCGUCUUACCAUGCUAGUCUCUGCUGUAGAACAACUCCAAGUUAUGGCUUCUAAAAGACAAUAUAAGGAGGCAGCUGCACAGCUUGAGGCUGUCAACCAAUUAUGCAGCCAUUUUGAAGCUUAUAGAGAUAUUCCGAAAAUUACAGAGCUUAAGGACAAGUUUAAGAGCAUCAAAACAAUUCUAAAGUCACAUGUAUUUUCAGAUUUCUCUAGCUUAGGUUCAGGGAAAGAGACAGAAGAUACUACUUUACUGCAUCAGCUAUCAGAUGCAUGCCUAGUUGUUGAUGCUUUGGAGCCAUCAGUCAGGGAAGAGUUAGUAAAGAUUUUUUGCAGCAGGGAGCUUACAUCGUAUCAACAAAUUUUUGAGGGAGCUGAAUUAGCAAAGCUGGAUAAAGCAGAAAGAAGGUAUGCUUGGAUCAAGCGUCGAUUACGGACCAAUGAAGAGAUUUGGAAAAUUUUCCCACCUCAAUGGCAUGUUUCAUAUCUGCUCUGCAUCCAGUUCUGUAAGUUGACAAGGGCACAACUUGUGGAAAUCCUUAACAAUCUUAAUGAAAAGCCAGAUGUCGGAACAUUAUUGCUGGCAUUGCAACGGACUCUGGAAUUCGAGGAAGAAUUAGCAGAAAAAUUUGGCGAUGGAAGUCGUGGCAGAGAAUCAGGAAGCGAUAUUGGGGAAAAUAACAUGGGAAAUAGCAAGCAGACUAUUUUGGACAUUCGAAAGAAGUACGAGAAGAAGCUUGCAGCACACAAUGGAAACGAGAAUGAGGAUCAAGACGGCAACAAAGAUUUGUCAGUGCCUGGGGCUGGGUUCAACUUUCGAGGGAUCAUAUCAUCAUGCUUUGAACCUUACUUGAUGGUAUACGUGGAAUUGGAAGAGAAGACCCUGAUGGAGCAUCUGGACAAAAUUGUCCAGGAAGAGACAUGGGAUAUUGAAGAAGGGAGUCAAACUAAUAUUUUAUCUAGCAGCAUGCAGGUCUUUUUAAUUAUUCGGAGGAGCUUAAAGAGAUGCAGUGCUUUGACAAAAAAUCAGACACUCUAUAAUUUGUUCAAGGUAUUCCAAAGAAUUCUUAAAGCAUAUGCGACAAAGCUUUAUGCUAGACUGCCAAAGAGUGGGACGGGAAUCGUAGCAGCAGCCACAGGAAUGGAUGGUCAAAUAAAGACAUCUGACAGAGACGAACGUGUGAUCUGUUAUAUUGUCAACACAGCUGAAUAUUGCCACACGACGUCAGGUGAAUUGGCUGAAAAUGUGAGUAAAAUAGUCGAACCCCAGUUUGCAGAGAGCACAGAUAUGUCCGAAGUACAGGAUGAGUUCUCAGCUGUUAUAACAAAAGCAUUGAUAACUCUUGUGCACGGUAUAGAAACUAAGUUUGAUGUUGAAAUGGCUGCAAUGGCACGCGUUCCUUGGGGUACACUUGAAAGUGUUGGUGACCAAUCGGAGUAUGUGAAUGGCAUAAAUACAAUUUUCACUGCUAGCAUUCCUGUACUCGGACGCCUUCUCUCUCCUAUAUAUUUCCAAUUCUUUCUUGAUAAGCUGGCGUCAAAUCUCGGUCCACGUUUUUACCUCAAUAUAUUCAAAUGCAAGCAGAUAUCGGAAACAGGAGCACAACAAAUGUUGUUGGAUACACAAGCUGUAAAAACGAUUCUUCUGGAUAUCCCCUCCCUCGGAAAGCAGAAAUCUGCAGCUGCUGGCUACUCAAAAUUUGUAACUCGUGAAAUGAGCAAAGCUGAAGCACUGCUGAAGGUCAUUUUGUCCGCAGUUGACUCUGUCGCAGAUACAUAUUGUGCUCUGCUGCCUGAGGGUACCCUUUCAGAGUUCCAGCGAAUUCUGGACCUCAAGGGCCUGAAGAGGACUGAACAACAAAGCAUACUAGACGAUUACAACAAACGUGGAGCUGGGACCUACCAACCAGCUACGGUUACGAAGCCAACCACCCCAACUACAGUCAGCGCACCUGUGGUUACUAAUCAAGCUAAUAAUCCUGGAAUUAUUCCAUUGAAGGAAGAAAUUGUGGCAAGAGCAGCUGCACUUGGGAGAGGUGCCGCCACAACUGGGAUUCGGAGAUUUCUUGCCUUGACUGAGUCAACUACCAGAGAUAGAAAGGACGGUAGUUUCCGGAAGCUUUUCACUGGAUGAAAUGUGCCGUUGAAUCGUUUUUUUUCUUUCCCGGCAUCGGUUUCGUCCCAUUUUUUGUCGACGGUUCAGAUUUGUCAAUACGUCUGAUCGUUUCGCAACUCUGCCAACUCCAGCACCAGCUCAACCAAAACUGCCGGUAUAGAAAACUUUCUUGUAUCUGUUCUUAGUGUAGAUUUUCGGGGGUGGGUUUAGUAAAUUUUGUAUCGGUAAGUGCAAGUAAGGAAUAUAUUUAUGUUUAGGUUGGAAUAAUUUGGUGGAAGCAUCACUAUAGUCGAUGAAAAUUUUGCUUCAUCAGAAGCUUUUGAAAGCUUCUUCUAACGCUUGAUGCAAUAGUUCAGUUAUAUUUUUCUUCUUUUA